CCGCCCCGCCCCCCCUGUGUCAUGGUUGCCGGUUCCGCGUAGCUGAGAGGUUCCCCGGAGGCGUCCCGGCCCCGGCUCCCUCCAGCCCGCAGCCGGGGGCUCCCGGGUCCCCUCAGGCCCGGCGGGGGGCGGCGCCCGGGUGCAGUUGUGAAGUGCUGACUCCUACAAUAGGAGGUGCCAUCAUGGGGAAUCAGCUGGCUGGCAUUGCCCCAUCUCAGAUCCUGUCUGUUGACAGCUAUUUCUCAGACAUACAUGACUUUGAAUAUGACAAAAGCCUGGGGAGUACUCGGUUUUUUAAAGUUGCUCGGGCCAAGCACAGGGAAGGCCUGGUGGUUGUGAAGGUGUUUGCAAUUCAGGAUCCAACUUUGCCACUAACUAGCUACAAGCAAGAGCUAGAGGAGUUAAAGAUAAGGCUACACUCUUCACAGAACUGUCUUCCCUUUCAGAAGGCCACUUUGUCUGAAAAAGCAGCUAUGCUCUUCAGACAGUAUGUGCGGGACAACCUUUAUGAUCGAAUCAGUACUAGGCCAUUUCUAAAUAACAUUGAAAAGAGGUGGAUAGCCUUCCAGAUCUUGACCGCUGUGGACCAAGCACACAAGUCUGGAGUCCGUCAUGGGGACAUCAAAACUGAAAACGUUAUGGUGACUAGCUGGAACUGGGUGCUUCUAACUGACUUUGCCAGUUUUAAACCAACUUAUCUUCCUGAGGACAAUCCUGCUGACUUCAAUUAUUUCUUUGACACAUCGCGUAGAAGGACGUGUUAUAUUGCCCCUGAGCGCUUUGUUGAUGGCAGUAUGUUUUCUGCAGAGCUGGAGAAUAUGAAAGAUCCUUCAAUGCCACUGGUAGACUUGGCAAACAGCAAUCAGCGAACCAGAGGAGAAUUGAAACGUGCAAUGGAUAUCUUUUCUGCAGGCUGUGUAAUAGCAGAGCUCUUCACAGAAGGUGUACCACUGUUUGACUUAUCUCAGCUUUUGGCCUAUAGAAAUGGUCUCUUCUCCCCUGACCAAGUCCUGAACAAAAUUGAAGAUCGCAGUAUCAGAGAACUGGUCACUCAGAUGAUCCACUGUGAGCCAGAUAAACGUUUAGGAGCAGACGAUUACUUAAAACAACAACGUAACAAUGCAUUUCCUGAAAUAUUUUACACCUUUCUCCAGCCUUACAUGGCACAGUUUGCCAAGGAAACAUUCCUGUCAGCAGAUGAGCGUAUACUUGUCAUACGUAAAGAUCUGGACAACAUUAUUCAUAAUCUCUGUGGACAUGACCGAACAGAGAAAGCAGAGGGAGAGACCAAAGAGAACGGGCUAGUUGUUCUAGUGUCUGUGAUAACUUCCUGUUUGCAGACUCUCAAAUACUGUGAUUCAAAACUGGCUGCUUUGGAACUGAUUCUGCAUUUAGCACCAAGAUUGAGUGUGGAGAUUCUGCUGGAUCGUAUUAUGCCUUAUCUAUUACAUUUCAGCAAUGACUCUGUGCCUAGAGUGAGGGCAGAAGCUGUAAGGACACUGACUAAAGUUCUUGCUCUUGUCAAGGAGGUGCCACGCAAUGAUAUCAAUAUUUACCCAGAAUACAUUUUGCCAGGCAUAGCACAUUUAGCCCAAGAUGAAGCCACUAUUGUCAGGCUGGCAUAUGCUGAAAACAUAGCACUGUUAGCAGAAACGGCUCUGAGAUUUCUGGAAUUAGUACAGCUGAAAAAUCUGAACAUGGAAAAUGAGCCGACCAGUGAAGAAAUGGAUGAAGUGUCACAUCCCAGUGAAAACUAUGACACAGAGCUUCAGGCUUUGCAUGAAAUGGUCCAGCAGAAAGUUGUUACUCUGCUGAGUGACCCAGAAAACAUUGUGAAACAGACGCUAAUGGAAAAUGGAAUAACACGUCUCUGUGUCUUUUUUGGACGUCAAAAAGCCAAUGAUGUCCUCCUGUCUCAUAUGAUCACCUUCCUGAAUGAUAAGAAUGACUGGCAUCUUCGGGGAGCUUUCUUUGACAGCAUAGUUGGUGUUGCUGCUUACGUUGGCUGGCAAAGCUCAUCAAUUUUAAAACCUCUACUCCAGCAAGGUCUCAGUGAUGCUGAAGAAUUUGUCAUUUUUAAGGCCCUCAAUGCUCUUACCUGUAUGUGCCAGUUAGGGCUGUUGCAAAAACCACACAUCUAUGAAUUUGCUUGUGAUAUAGCGCCCUUCCUAUGCCAUCCAAACCUUUGGAUACGUUAUGGUGCAGUAGGAUUCAUCACUGUGGUAGCACAGCACUUAAAUAUUGCUGAUGUCUACUGCAAGCUAAUGCCUUAUCUCCAUCCUUUUAUCACUCAGCCGAUAAUACAGAUAGAUAAAGAAAUAGUCCUGUUGAGUGUCCUUAAAGAGCCAGUAAGCCGUUCCAUAUUUGAUUAUGCUUUAAGAUCAAAGGACAUCGCAAGCCUUUUCAGACAUCUUCAUAUGCGUCAGAAGAAAAGGAACGGCACUUGCCCUGAUUGUCCUCCCCCUGAGGACCCGGCCAUAGCACAGCUGCUAAAGAAGUUACUUUCCCAAGGUAUGACUGAGGAGGAGGAAGACAAACUGUUGGCACUAAAAGACUUUAUGUUAAAAUCCAAUAAAGCCAAGGCCAAUAUAGUGGACCAGAGCCACCUGCAUGACAGCACUCAAAAAGGGAUUAUUGACUUGGCCACUCUGGGAAUAACUGGAAGACAAGUUGAUCUUGUUAAAACAAAGCAGGAGCCUGAUGACAAACGUGCUAGAAAAAAUGUAAAACAAGAAGCAAAUGUAAAUGAAGAAUGGAAAAGUAUGUUUGGGUCUUUGGAACCUGCUAGCAUCUCCCAGCCAAUACCUAAAGGGCAAAGUGCUGAUCAAGAAGCAGCUCAGACCGGAAAACCUCUUCGUUCCGAAUCCGCUGCUGCCAUCUGUGCCAAUUUGUCAUCCUCUCCACAGGCCACUGAUGGAACAGUUGUCCAGACCAGGAAACCAACCAUACAGGUUUUAAGCAGUACAGCUUCACUUUCCACGUACCAGUUACGCAUCACUACUUGCAAAACUGAACUUCAGCAGUUAGUCCAACAGAAGCGAGAACAGUGCAAUGCAGAAAGAAUGGCCAAACAGAUGAUGGAGAACGCUGAAUGGGAGAGCAAACCACCUCCUACAGGAUGGCGUCCUAAAGGGCUGUUAGUUGCUCACCUUCAUGAACACAAGUCUGCAGUGAACCGUAUUCGAGUCUCAGAUGAACAUUCCAUUUUUGCCACAUGCUCUAAUGAUGGCACGGUGAAAAUCUGGAACAGUCAAAAAAUGGAAGGAAAAACCACUACGACCAGAUCAAUUUUGACAUAUUCUCGCAUUGGAGGAAGUGUCAAGACACUCACUUUUUGCCAAGGCUCACACUACCUGGCUGUAGCUUCAGAUAAUGGUGGGAUCCAGCUUCUUGGGAUUGAAGCAUCAAAGCUUCCGAAAUCUCCUAAAAUUCAUCCAAUACAAAGCAGGUUGCUAGACCAGAAGGAUGAUGGGUGUGUGGUAGAUAUGCAUCACUUCAAUUCAGGAGCACAGUCAGUGCUGGCUUAUGCUACUGUGAAUGGUUCCCUUGUUGGAUGGGACCUGCGAUCCACUAGUAAUGCUUGGACAUUAAAACAUGAUUUGAGGCUAGGUCUCAUAACCUCAUUUGCUGUGGACAUACACCAGUGCUGGCUAUGUAUUGGUACAAGCAAUGGUACCAUGGCAUGCUGGGACAUGAGGUUCCAGUUACCCAUCUCCAGCCAUUGCCAUCCUUCCAGGGCUCGUAUCAGACGCCUGCUGAUGCAUCCCCUCUCUCAGUCAUGGGUAAUUGCAGCUGUUCAAGGCAACAAUGAAGUCUCCAUGUGGGAUAUGGAAACUGGAGACAGGCGCUUCACUUUGUGGGCCAGCAGUGCACCUCCUCUUUCAGAAUUACAGCCUUCGCCUCACAGUGUUCAUGGAAUAUACUGUAGUCCUGCAGAUGGAAAUCCCAUUUUAUUGACUGCUGGUUCAGACAUGAAAAUAAGGUUUUGGGAAAUGGCUUACCCUGAGAGAUCGUACAUUGUUGCAGGAAGUGCUACUUGCCCAUCUGUAUCCUACUACAGGAAGAUAAUUGAAGGCACAGAGGUGGUUCAGGAAAUUCAAAAUAAGCAGAAGAUGGGCCCCACAGAUGAGACCCCUCGUCGCGGACCAGAGUCUCUACCAGUCGGACACCAUGAUAUCAUCACAGAUAUUGCUACUUUCCAGACUACUCAAGGGUUUAUAGUAACUGCAUCAAGAGAUGGAAUUGUUAAAGUGUGGAAGUAAAAGUUGCACUAAUAUAUAGUAUGUGUAUAUAUUUGUAACAAAGAAUAGUAUUAAACUGAUUUUGAAGAAUAUGAAGGUGACCAUACAUCAAUCACUAUGGUUAUUAAAGCUUGUUUAAAGGCCCUUUGAGUUAUUUUAUUACAGCUGCUUGGUUUCUGUAGCACUUUCUGAAAGUAACAAGCAGAAGCAGUUAAUGAAGAAAUUGUAUUUAGCCUCAUGGUAACCAUACUAUUCUUCAGGAACCUAUAAGAAAAUAGUUUAUGAAAUCUCAUGUUGCAGAUUAUAAACAUAAUGAAAGCUGCUGACUCCUACAUAGACAGUAUUUAUGAAGUCUGACUUUUUUUACAUUGAAUCUGGAAGAAGAGUGAAAGAAUGUGUUGCACUAAUGUCCAUGUAUACGCUGAUAAAUAUACAGUUAAUACUAGAGAAUAAACUCCAUUUGAGCUUACUUGUACAGUAGUUUGUCUGCAAUAUCUAUUGUCCCUUUGUCUAUGGUGUCCUGAACCUUGAAACCUGGCCAGGCUUCUGCUUUACUAUGUCUCACUUGCAGGCAAAUGUCAUUUAUUUGAGCAUGUUAUAUAAGAGAGGAUUUCAAGCCCAAUGGUACUGUGCUUAAAAAGUAUUUUUUCCCCUGCACGUCUUACUACUCCCCCACACUCUGUCCUGAACGUGUAAAGCACAGAAUGAUUGACGUGUAAUAUUUUCUUAUUCCAUUAUACACUUAUUUUUCUUGCAUAAAACAGAGAUAUGAUUUUUAUAUCCAGGCAGCAGACUUUUGUCUCUUGUAUGUAAGUAAUUACUUGUAAAGGAACAAGGAUCUCCCAUCAUGAUCACUGCAUCUUAACACAAAGUUUGAGGGGAAUAGCACUGAGUAUUAGUUUUAGCUAUUAUCACAUGAAACAAGACACCAUCUGAAGUUUCAGGUAGAUAGUUUAAUUGGUACCAUGACAUGUUGCAUAAUCUGCAUUAAAAAGCUCAGUAUGAUGCCAGCAGUGUGACAGAAUGUAGAUUUUACAACUGUCCCCAUACAGUUUUUAAAUGUUUUUCACCAAUUAGAGGUUACAGAUACAUUUAAAAAAAAAAAAAAAACCAGAGGCACGCAUGGCAACUUCAAAACUAGAAGGGUGAAACCACUAAGCAGAUCUGAACCCUGUGUACAAUGCAAUAUGUGCAUGUGGCUCUCAGAAAUAAUGCAUAGUAUUGUGUACUGUAGCCACAAAUUGUUUCAUACUUUUAUGAGAAGUUUUGUUGACUUCAACAGUGCUAGUCAGAGGGAUAUAGUGGUAAGCCAAAAUUCAGAUCCUCAACCGAUUUGUGUUGCCAGACAACAUUGACAGGAAUUGAAAAGAGAUUUGCUGAAACUAUCAAGGUACUGUUAUUUGUGCACUCACUGACACAGCAGUAACUUUUUCUUACCAAAAAAAAUGUAAUUCGCAGGUGUCUUAAAAUUCAGAAAAAUAAAAUGUUCUUAUACUACUCUCUAGACCAAAAAACUGGUCUAAAUUGUGAACAUUUUUAUUUGUAAGAAUUUGGGGUCUGAAGCUUUGAACAAUGACUAUCAGGCAUGCUUAUUACUGUGAAGAGUCACCUAUGCCUGGUUAUAAGAGUUUGAGAAAUGGAACUUUGAUUCCUUGGAGUGCACUGAUAUUCAAAGCCUGAUCCCACUAAAGCCAGUGGUUUAUAUCAUCAGACUUCAGUAGUAAUUGUGUUUAAUUUUUCC